GCAUGCGCGCCACUGUAAACUACAUCAGUGUGGCACUUUUGCUGCGCCGACGCGACGAGCGGGCGACUGACUGUCAAGAGAGAGACAGAGCGAGGAUCCGCAUCCCCGUGGGGUCCCGGACUCGAACCCUCACCUUAAACCCGGCAACGAGGCAUACAAGACCCCUGCAGUUGAUUUUCACCAUGGAAGUUGUUCCUAAGUUGGUGUACGCCAUUUGAUCCUGCUCCCUCCCGUACCUUUUGCUUCUGCCCCAGGAAUGGAGAGCUGGAUGAAAGGAGAUGACGCAUUGGAGUCUUGCAACACAUCAUGAACAUCCAGUCUCUAGGAGGAGCUGUAGGGGAGUCCCUGGGCCCUAGCUUGACGGUGCGUAUGAGCGGAGCGGGCAGAGGGUGGGGUGGUCUCUCCCUGAAGCCUUUCCCCUCCGGACGAAUCACCUCUCUGUUCCAGACCAUGGUGCCCACGGGAUACACCAAACUCCAGGAGGAGCGGCUGGCCAUGGUUGACAUGGGGCCCAAGUCCGAUGCCGGGUUGCACCAAAACGGCUACCGGGCUGAAUUAUCACACGUGGAGGGCCGACGGCACUUGGACCGGGCCGCCCGCUCCUCCCUGACCCUCUCAGACUGCGGCGACGGACGAUAUUCAGAGACGGAGCCCAUGCUCCUCGAGGGGAGGCUCUCUGGAGAGGAGACUGGCGGGGAGGAAGAGGAUGAGGGCAAUGAAGGUGAAGGGCAUGGGUCUGCUGCCCGAAACAUGCCCAAGGAGUCGCCCUUGGCCAUGGCAUUGCAGAUCCUAGUACCUUUCCUCCUGGCUGGCUUUGGCACGGUGUCGGCGGGAAUGGUGCUGGAUAUAGUACAGCACUGGGAGGCCUUCAGGUACAUCACCGAGAUCUUCAUCCUGGUUCCUGCCCUGCUUGGCCUGAAGGGGAACCUGGAGAUGACCCUGGCCUCUCGGCUGUCCACAGCGGUGAACGUGGGCAAGAUGGACUCUCCCAUAGAGAAGUGGAACCUUAUCAUAGGGAACCUGGCACUGAAACAGGUGCAGGCCACCGUCGUGGGCUUCCUGGCGGCGGUGGCGGCGGUGAUUCUGGGUUGGAUCCCAGAGGGCAAGUUUCAGAUGAGCCACGCUGUGUUGCUCUGCUCCAGCAGCGUGGCCACGGCCUUCAUCGCCUCCCUGCUGCAGGGUAUCAUCAUGGUGGGAGUGAUCGUUGGCUCCAAGAAGACGGGCAUCAACCCGGACAAUGUUGCCACGCCCAUCGCCGCCAGUUUUGGCGACCUCAUCACUCUGGCCAUCUUGGCAUGGAUCAGCCAGGGCCUCUACAACUGCCUGGAUUCCUACCCGUAUGUGUCGUCGCUGGUGUGUGCCUUCUUCAUGUGUCUCACUCCACUGUGGAUGGUCAUCUCCUCCAAACACCCGGCCAGCCGCACCCUGCUCUACUCCGGAUGGGAGCCAGUCAUCACCGCCAUGGUCAUCAGCAGUAUUGGAGGUCUCAUCCUGGACAAAACGGUUUCCGACCCGAACCUGGCUGGAAUCGUGGUGUACACCCCGGUCAUCAAUGGUAUUGGGGGGAACCUGGUGGCCAUUCAGUCCAGCCGGAUCUCCACGCACCUGCACUUCCACAGUGCCGCUGGGGAGGUUCCCGAGGAGGCCAAGGGCUGUUACUACCCCUGCCGCACCUUCUGUGGUUCAGGAGCCAAUCACCGCUCUGCUCAGGUGCUUCUCUUAUUGGUGCUCCCAGGUCACCUGAUCUUCCUGUACACCAUCCACCUGAUGAAGAGCGGCCACACCACCCUGACCCCCAUCUUCAUGGCCGUCUAUCUGGCGGCUGCCCUGCUGCAGGUUUUCCUGUUACUCUGUAUAGCAGACUGGAUGGUUCACUCCAUGUGGCUGAGCGGUAAAGACCCCGACAGUUUCUCCAUCCCUUACCUGACGGCGCUCGGCGACCUGCUGGGCACGGCCCUCCUGGCGCUCAGCUUCCACUUCCUGUGGCUCAUCGGCGACCAGGACAGUGACGUCGGCGACUGAGGUGACCCCCCCCCACCCUGUCCACUGCAGGUCGGGAAUGGUGAUGGUGGGGUGUGGGGUCUUUCAUGCCUUGUGAAACUUUGGGUGUUCUCAGUUGUUCACUUGGACGUUCCUCUGCUUCUCGUACUGGACACAGCACGGCACUUCCCACAAUGCUGUGGGAGAGGACCGGGUGCUACAGAUGACUGUUAUCAGAAAAACAAAAAAAAAAUCAAAAGGGACUAUUUUCUGCACCCGACUCUAUUUUUUACUUGUAUACGCCGAUGAUGUCAUGUUUUAUUUCUGUGUUCGCCGCUCGUCUGGUGGGGAGAUUUCGACCCACGCUGUUUGUUUGCUCCGGGAGACGCGGCCCUGCCGGACCGCGGCCGAGCUGGGAGGCUGCCCACCCGCCCGUCGGCUAAGAUGCGGGUAAAAAAACUCCGAUAUCCCGCCAAACUUAAAAGGGAACAUCAGGCUCGGAAGGAUUUAUCGGUGUGGUCGGUACGGGAGUCUCGCCACCUGUUUCCGUGUCUGCCCCCCCCCCCCCCCCGUCUGCCGACAUGUUUUAUUCACAUGGCGACCAAUCUCCCAGCAGCUGGAACAUGUGCCAUCUUUCAGUGUUUUGCAUAAUCGUGCAAUUUCCUAUUCGGCGUUUAUCUACAGGGGACGGCGGUCCGGCGCCGGCUGACUGGCAGCAACGCCGGCAGACGAUGCGAGGAUUAGAGGACCCAUCCCCAACGAAGUCACUUAGACAGGAAAUGAACAUGUGGAAGGGGCUCAGAGGUAGGGGUCGCCGUCUGUCUUAACGGUACUUCCCGACAGUACGGCAGACGGAACCGCAAGAAUUGGGCCAAUACCGUUUCCUUCCCCCCUUAUUUCCCCCCCCCUCAUUCUAAUCUUCCGUUUGUCCCUUACACCCCCACACUGGUCCCUGAUGUCCUCGGGGGUGUAGUGUCUCGCACACGGCAGGGGUGGCGUGGCGGUCCAGCAGGACUGUUCAUUUGCGGCGGCGUCCGGCGUUAAUGUGGUCAAGGCCAGACUCGGACAGAAACGCGUCGUCGUGCAAACGGCGUUAUUCGAAACGGCGUGGGGUCACAGUCCCUGUCCACGUGACACGGUUAAGGCGGUUCGCCGUCUCCGACUGGCCGUGUAGAUGGGUCAGUCGGAUGUCGGUGGGCAAGCACACAUCCGAGAGGUGAGCGAGGACCGGGCGCGGCGGCUGCGUCUACAGAGUGUUUACAGUGUGUCCCGACUUGUGCGAGUUUCGAUGGAGGGUUUUAGCUCAUCACGUCUUCCUCUUUAGCAUCCUCACGCGGCUGUCAAAUAAAUACAUGUGUGCUCCGGCUGUUAGCCACAAUUAAUGUCUCUUUCUUGUUUUUAUUCCCCCUUUUCCUCCCCGGUUGUACUUGGCCAGUUGCCCCACUCUUCCAAGCCGUCCCGGUCGCUGCUCCACCCCCUCUGCUGGUCCGGGGAGGGGCUGCAGACUACCACAUGCCUCCUCCCAUACAUGUGGAGUCACCAGCCGCUUCUUUUCACCUGACAGUGAGGAGUUUCACCAGGGGGACGUAGCGCGUGGGAGGAUCACGCUGUUCCCCCUCCCCACUGAACAGGCACCCCGACCAACUGACCAGAGGAGGCGCCAGUGCAGCGACCAGGACACACACCCACAUCCAGCUUCCCACCCGCAGACACGGCCAGU